AUGUUGAUGUUGGCGUUGGCGUUGACGUUGACAAGUCGAGGUGCGUUGAGUUCGAACGUUGUCGGAAUUAGCAGCAAAUUGCGGUCAUUCAUUGGCUCGGGCCAACGACGGAAAGAGGCACUGCUUUCGUGGAAAGGCCACGAGGAGAAAGCAUCUGCGCUUGGUUGGAAGGGGUUGAAAAAUGCAACCUUGAAGGACUGGAGUUUCUCAUUUUUUACAACUGGGUCUUGUUGUUGCCAGGCGCAAUUAGUAGAACGCAUCUAUUCCGAAGUCGUCCGCCAGAGUAGUUGUCAUGAUUCCCAGCAUCAGACAGUCGACUUGGUACAUUCUCAGACGUUUCGCCGGCACCGAGGUCAAUCCCUCGACGAGUGUUCUGCCAAAAAUGGUUACACUAUCACUCCUUUUUCUGUCCUCGUCUAUCUAUCUACUCUUUACACUCUUGAGAAUGUACCAAGUCCACUGUUUGAUGCUGGGAAUCAAGAAAGCUGUCAUGAAAGCAGACGACUUCAGACUAGGUACGUUCUACAUAGUCGCCAUGACAACAGGACCAAGUUGCGACCACGAGGUCAACCCACUUCUGUACAUUGA